UGCAGAGUCUCUGGUAGAAGUUUUGCUACACGCACACACAGAUGUCAGCAGAGUUUCUCAAUCUGUCACUCUGCGAGGUCUAGGUGGAGUAACGCCUGAUGGAGGAAGGAAAACUAGGAUUACAGCUAUACCGGGACUUUGCUGACAACUCCCGUGAACCGACUUCCCAAUGAACUCUAAACCCGUUAACGCAUCGCUCUCACCUUUUAACCAUUCUACCUGUUAGCUGCUCUUUGUCGUUGUUUAGCAACUGUGGAACGGAGUCAGAAGUUAGUUGCCAUGCUAACCGUCGUUAGCUGCUGCUGCUGCUCCUGUUUCACAUAGCCAGCUAUGUUUACUCUGCUAGACUUGAAACUACCAGCGAAAAGAGCGGUACUUUGAUUAUAUUAGCUGCUUUUUAUUUAUUUACGCUACAAAAGAAAGUAAGCGUGCUUUUUUUUUUUUACCAGUUUCCCCCGUUGUUGAAGCAAUCAAGUGUGUGACAGCAAUGGGACUACACCCACUGGAGUUCAGUGAGUGCUAUCUGGACAGCCCCAGCUUCAGGGAGAAGAUCAAGGCUCAUGAAGCUGAGCUGGACAAAACUAACAGGUUUAUCAAAGAGCUGUACAAAGAUGGGAAGAACCUCAUCAAUGCAACAAAGCAGCUUGGGAUGGCGCAGCGGAAGUUCGCCCAGUGCCUGGGAGAGUUUCAGUUUGAGUACGUUGGUGAUGCGAAGACCGAUGAUGAGAAAUGUAUUGAUGAAUCUUUGCAGGAAUUCUCCUCAUUCCUCAAGAACCUCGAAGACCAAAGAGAGCUGAUGAUGAGAAACAUCACAGAAACCUUAAUGAAACCCCUGGAGAAGUUCAGGAAAGACCAUCUUGGUACAGUAAGGGCGGAAAGAAAGAAGUAUGAGAAAGAAACGGAGAAAUACUACAGCUCUCUGGAAAAGCUUCUGAAUAUGUCAGCAAAGAAGAAGGAGCCACAGCUGCAAGAGGCAGAUUACCAGGUGGAAACCAUGAGGCAGCACUUUCAGGAGGAGUCACUGGACUAUGUGUGCAGACUGCAGGAGAUCCAGGAGAGAAAGAAGUUUGAGUGUGUGGAGCCGAUGCUGGCCUUCUUUCAGACGGUCUUCACCUUUUAUCACCAGGGCUUCGAGCUCGCCAAGGACUUUGACCAUUAUAAAAGAGCACUGCAGAUCAAUAUUCAGAAUACAAGGAGUCGAUUUGAGGGCGCGCGGUCAGAGGUGUUCGAGCUGAUGAAGAGGAUCAGGGAGGCACCUCAAGAAUACAGACAGACCAGCCCUAUCAGCUGUGAAGGCUACCUCUAUGUACAGGAAAAACGGCCGCCUCCCUUUGGUUCAAGUUGGGUCAAGCGCUACAGCACAUUUGUCAAAGAGCAGAAAAUCCUGCACAUGGUGACCUUCGACCACAGAUCUGGUGGCAAGAUUGGUGAGACAGAGUCCGUCACGCUCAAAUCCUGUCUCCGCAAAACGACAGACAUGGUGGACAAGAGGUUCUGCUUAGAACUCGACAUAACAGAUCGGCCAGGCACGGUGCUAACAGUACAGGCUCUGUCAGAGGAUGACCACAAGUUCUGGAUGCAGGCCAUGGGUGGGAAGGAACCUAUUGGACACUAUCUUGGGAAGACUUAUUCUAAAGAAAGAGGAAUUGAUGCCCAGCUGGAUGACGUGGGUUUGAGUUUUAUGAAGAACUCCAUCAGCGCCAUAGAGACGAGAGGUAUUAAUGACCAAGGCCUGUACAGAGUUGUUGGGGUAAGCUCCAAGGUCUCGAAGCUCGUCUCAUUAAUGAUUGAUGAGAACAGCAACGACGUGGAUCUGUCUGCCAGCGAGGACUGGGACGUUAAGACAGUAACGAGUGCACUGAAGCUUUAUCUGAGGAGCCUUCCUGAGCCGUUGAUGACCUAUGGACUUUACAAAGAGUUUAUUAGCCCUGCAAAGGGCGGUAGUCCAGAGUCUCGCAUCCAAGCCGUCCACUGCCUGGUCCACAAACUGCCGGAGAGGAAUCGACAAGUCCUCGGGCUGCUUAUGAAGCAUCUGGCCAACGUGGCGGCUCACAGUAAGCAGAAUCUGAUGACUGUGGCCAACCUGGGCGUGGUGUUUGGCCCCACAUUAAUGAGGCCACAGGAGGACACUGUCGCCGCCAUCAUGGAUCUGAAGUUCCAGAACAUUGUGGUGGAGAUCCUCAUCGAACAAAACGAAAAGAUCUUUGCAGAUGCUCCGGAGUCAUGCCCUCUUUCACCUGCUGCCCCAGCUUUCUCUGCUCCCACGAGGCAGCCCUCCAAGAAGCUGAUUCGGCAGAGUCGGCCCUUGGCUGUGUACAACCCAGCAUCCCUAGACAUUCAGAAUGUGUCAGCAGCGGCAGAUAGUUCGAGCCUGGCUACAGAUGAGACAUCGAUGGGCAGCAAUGAGUCUGUAUCAUCCCAGUCAUCGUCAGCCUCGGCCUCAGAGAUGCCUCCAGAGAAGAGCGACCAUGUCCCACCUAAAGCCACCCUCAGUCCAGGCAGCAACUCCAGGGCCACCACAACAGGAGACUGGUCCACUACUGGAGCCUCAGCAGAGAGCGAUCCUGCUUCCACCACAGCUGCCUCUGACAAAGAAAAGCCAGAGGAGAGUGUCACCAGCAGGAAAGCCAUGGCAGUGUACCCAUGUGAGGCUGAGCACGACUCUGAGCUCUCCUUCCAGGUCGGCGCAAUAUUCAACGCCGUGACCCAGUCAAGAGAGCCGGGCUGGCUGGAGGGCGAGCUGGAGGGAAAGAGGGGCCUCAUCCCUGAAAACUAUGUGGAGUGGCUGUAGCCCCAAAUGGAAAUAUUUAUGGACAAGUUAUCACCUCCACCGGGAAACAUAUGCGGAGAUGCAUGUGCCUCAACUCUGACAUUCACCAUAGAGCCUUGUUUAUCCAAAUUUUCUCAAGCAAGUAACAAUAUGUUAUUACUGGUGGACCAUUCUUACAUAAUAAACAAGUAGAUGCAUUUUUUUUUUGCUGCCAAGUAGACUUUUGUAAUGCAUGUGCAAGCAUGUUUCUUUGAAUUUGGUCGAGUAUCCGCAUGGAUUUCAGCAUUGUAAUUACAAAAUGGGUUUGCACUUAGAAUAUUCUGCUGUAUACAAAGAUGCUGUAGCCUCUAAACAUCCAGGUAGCUUUGUAGCAGCACCAGAGAAUGAGCGUCUCUCCAGUUAUACAUGGUAUCCAUGAACUCCCAAGUCAAACAACGAUCCUCAGAAACUGCAAGGAAGAAUGUCACUGUAAUCAGUUUUUUCGUUAAGACGUUUCUGCACCAAAUCCUGCAGCUUUAGACCCUCUUGACAAUGAUGCACAGUUUGUUUUCAGCUUUUAAAAGAUUAGAGAUGCUGUGCUUACCGUGCCUUAAGAACACCCAGUGUAAAUGUAUGUACGGGUAUGUAUGGAAAUGAAUUGGAGUGUUACUGCUUUCACUUUUAAAAUGUUGCUUUCUUUUUGUCAUUUUAAGAAUAUUUGGAUAUUCAAAAUGAGGCACAUCGUUGUUGUAAUUUUAUUUUUAUUUAAUUGGCACGUUGAUUGCAUGACUUUUGAAUUUUAAAUCCACUCUGUACUGUUUUGUUCUUGGUGCACUCCUUUACAGAAACACAGUGAAACGCCUCUGGGAUGCCUGAUGAGCCCCUCGUGUUAAACACUAGCGUCCGACAGAGUCAGCAGAGAUACAUUUAAAUAGGUAGUAAUGCUUGAAACCAAGUGUUUGUUUUUUUUUCCUGUCAAAUUAUCUGUUUUGUUUGUUUUUAAGGCUUAUUUUUAACGUCGCUCAGUUUCCUCUGAGCAGAGAAAUGAGACACUCCACAAAGUUGAAAUUUUAGUUAAGCAAUAUUUUAUCUUAAAUGUCUGUGAUUAGAAAUCAAAGUUUUAUUAUAAAUAACAUCACAAAAUGCAGUAUUUCAAAGUUUUCAGUGUAUAUAGUCUAUAUAUUGGGAGAGUUUAUGACCGCCAAGUAUGUUAUGGUCUCCGUUAAGUGAUGGGCAGGUUUUCAUAUGGAGUGGUAUUAGCAUGUACACAUGUCCCAUCACAAUUAGUCCCUCCGCUGUUCAACAGAAAACUUUAAUUUUUCUGAGAGCUUUGGUUCAACAGCGAUAAUUUAAGACAUUGAUUUAUGACGUUUGUAAAGGGCCUUUCAUUUUUAUACCUUUGGGUAUCCUCUUGAUCAAUGUUAAACAAAUAAAGAUUUUUUUUUUUGUUCA